UAUAUGGUGUACCAAUGGCCCGGGCGGUUUUAUAAAUACACCUGCCAUGAGCACCUACCAAGCGCAGAACUUUACUGACCACUGCAGGUGAUAUACAUCCCACCGAACGUUCUUCAAGCUACACGGGAGUUCAUCAUGAAGCUCAUCACUGCCCUCGUUGUCGUCGUGGUUGCUGUUGCUGCCGAGGCAGGAUACGUCGAUCCGUACGAGACGGGACUGGCUGUGGCGCACCAUCACGACGGUGCGUACUAUGGCGAUCAUUACGACGCUGGUUAUGGCUCGAUCGGACAUCACGCUGCCUCCUAUCCUGCUCACUAUCUUGGCGCCUACCAUUACGACCCAUCCGGUACCUUCAGCUACUGGGGCAGCCAUGGACCGACGGUGGUGCAGCAGAACGCUGCCAGUCUGCCGCAUCCAGUCCAUGGUGCCCAUCCAUACGCACCAUACUCAACGCCUUAUGGGCUGUAUGGUGCCCCGGGAGGAGCUACGGUAGUACAGGCUAACGUGGCCACCAAUCAUCAUUGGGGAUAUCCUGCCGUGUAUGGAGCAGCUUACGGACAUGGUUACGGGUACGACAAGUAUCUAGCCGCUGCACCUGCCACCAAGUAUCUCUUGUAAUCGAUCCACGAGAGAAAUUGAAUAAAUAAUAAAUUCACCAUCAGUUUUUUUGCUUGCUUUACUCGUUGGGCAAGCAAAAUGAUGCUAACAGCGGA